GGCAGUAGAGACCCUGGGUCUGGUUGGUGAAUAGUGAUUACAGGGAGUAUAUGCUGUCGGGCCUAGUGAACAAGGGAGGAGGUGUGUGUAUGGAGAGGGGGUGGUUGUCGGUUUGUGUUGUUUUGAUUUGGGCGCGCGUCUUGGGUUGAGACUGAGGGAGUAGAACUACUGACUGCGACUGACUGACCUUGGACAACUUUUGAUAUUUCGUGGACAACACACACAAAGACUGCUACAUCCUAUAAGCUAUAAGCUAUACCUCGCAAGCUACUACUGAACACUGCUCUGCUCAUCCAUCAAGCUGCCACUGGCAGGACGGCCGCAUGGUGACAGACACCUCGCGGCUCAUUGUUCCAACGCUGCGGAUGCAGCCACCCAGUCCAAUUGAAGAGGAAGAUGGCUCACCUGCCUCGACUCUCUCUGCGCUACCGACGAAUGUCACUGCAGAGUUGUCUGAAUCCCCCGCAUCAAACGCAUCUGCUCCAACAAGGGGCGCAACGGCGAGGGUCAUGGCGAAACCCUCUACAGAGAGCACGGACGGCGCCUUACGUCCUGGCACAGCCACCUCUUCAGGCUUACUCACUGAAUCGGAUUCAGAGACAGGCGGCUAUGCUUCAUCGUUACUCAGUGCACAUCGUCGCGUACCCCCUGCGGUCUCUACCACACUCGCUAGUGCAGAAGGACCUACAGCACGACCACCACAACCUGGCAGACUCAGUGUCUUCUCCCGCCGUGCAGCCAGUCGUUCCAUCAAUGAAGAACCAAAACGCACCAUGACCAUUGAAACGGAGACAGUCGCCAACAUGUCAACCCUCAAAGCCGAACACUCGAGUCGUAGUCUUCGCAGUCGUGCUUCCACCGAUACUGUCAGACCAAGCGCAAAGCCACCAAAGAAGAAAAAAUCGAGGUUGGCUGUUGCUGGCGAUCGUGCUAAUACACCCAUGGGACAAGCUGCUCAACAUGUCCCUACCAAAUCAGAGAUCUUCGCUGCAACCAUCACGCAAGCUGUUGAUGAAAAUGAAGACAGCGACAGCGACGAGACGUUUGUGUAUGAAUCGAAUCCGAGAUCUCCCAAACGACUGAGUAGAAGCCCGAGCUUGACAUCGCUACAUGGGACCAGCGCGCAUAGUCAUGCAGUCGGACCCUCCAGCCUUGCGCCAGGACUAGCAGUCGGUAGCGGCAGUAGUAGUGGCGGUGGAGUGGGUGUUCCCUCCCAGCAUCACGCAGAGACAGGUCAUCGCAUUGCAUCCCUCUCGCGCGAUCUACGACAUGCAAGCCGACGUGGCCAUGCCAUCUCUGGAAAGCGAAGCAUGAAAUUUGCGCAUCCACAGGAUGAAGAUCGGCGUGUCAGCUAUACAUUGCGUGGGUAUCCCGGGUCAGCGACACCAGGGCAAGAUACAACAUCACCUUUUAGAUCGCCGAGACUACGACCUGGAUUGGAGCGAAAGGGAUCGAGUCCGCAUUCUAGCGGCCAUAACUCACCGCGACAACUUUCACGUCCUGCUUCACCGUAUGGCACGAGUGGCGCGAAAAAGGCUCGUGGACCGAAACAGUUCAAUGCGUGGUCCUUGUAUGAAGAUGAGGAGAAUGGAGUUGGUUCUGAACGUACACCGUUCCUUCGACGUGGUGAAAGUCAAUCAGGGAUGCAUACCGCGUAUGGAACGACACAAGGUCAUCACAGGAAUAAAUCUGCUUCUCUCUUUGCAGGGGUUCCCUUUCUCAUGGCGAUUGUGUGCCUUAUGCUCGUUGUCCUGAUGCUCGGCGCUGCUGUGCUCUCUACCACACAACCACUCCGCAAUGUCAAAGUCCUCGACCUCUCCCACGUCCUUGUAUCAAAGCAAGAACUCAUCUUUGAUGUGGUUGUUCAAGCCAUCAACCCCAAUGCACUCGCAGUACAGGUUAAUGAAGUGGAAAUCUCAGUGUUUGCAGAGUCACCGUAUGUACGAGACGUACCGUUGCCUUCUUGGUGGCAUACAGGAAGCGGUGAAGAUUCUACAACCCUUCUACUUGGUCGUGUGUAUGAAUUCGAUGCAGCGUUGUUAUUCGAGUCACGCUUCUACAAUGGUAGUGUGAGUACUCCGCAUGGUGCACUACGGCUUGAGAAACCUGGCAAUUCAACAGAUGAUGGGGAUGGGCAUCUUGUUUGGGAGCGUGUUAUUCAGCACCCAUUCCAGCUGAUUGUUCGGGGUGUCUUGAGGUAUCGCAGUAGUUGGCUCAGUCACUUGACACGCACGGUGGAGAUCUCCAAGAGUGUUCGUGUGAAUCCUGCAAAACAUGGCAUGGAGGAAGAUGCAUCAUAGCUGUUUGUUACUCGACUUUGGUCUUUUUGGCUUCCCCUUCAGCAUGCGACAGCUUUGUCUCGUUUAAUAGAAAUUCGAAUGAAUGAAUGCAUCCUGUCUACAGCUCAUUAGAGAAGGCUUCAUGGGCUUUUCAUGAUUCAGUAGUGUCUCCCAACGCGUCUCUGUUCAGCAGCCAAUAAGGAUCACUUCACCCUUAGCCCAGCUGUAGAUUCUGCUUAGUCUUUGACUUUUUUGUAGCAUGUCUGGAGCUUCCAUUGGAGAUAUGAUGGCCUGAAUACCAAAGCCAUGAAAGCCAUGAUCAAGUAAGGUGUCAGCUUCAUUUCGUCGCGUCCAACCAAAAACACAAAAACAAAAAGGGCGACAAAGGCAGACAACAACACUCAAAGCAACCACGCAUCAUGUCCCUCGAGGGCUGUG